AAUAUUAAUUAUACAUAUGUGAUAUUAUUUUUAAAUUGUUAUUUGCCAAUUAUCACUUUGUAUGUUUUAUGUAAAAUUUUAUAUAAGCCAUGGAAACUCCAAUAGUUAACUUAUCAGAUAAUGAGCUCAAAACAGUAUACGAGCCUUCGGAGGAUUCAUACAUUUUGAUAGAUGCUUUGGAAGCUGAUUCAAAAAUUCUGGAAAUGGUAAAGCCUGUGAUUUGUUUAGAAAUAGGUAGUGGUUCUGGUAUAGUUAUUACAGCUUUAGCAAUGGCAUUGAAGAGACAUCACAACGCUCAUUUUAUGGCAAUUGAUAUCAAUCCUGAUGCAUGUGGGGCCACAAAAAGAACUAGUCUGAUUAAUUCUGUUGAUGUAGAUGUUCUUCAGAUGAAUUUGUUAGAUUGUAUUCAAAUUAGGAAUACAUUUGAUAUUAUUUUAUUCAAUCCGCCAUACGUUGUUACUGAAUACGAGGAAGUACUAGAUGAUAGACUCAUAUUUAAGACUUGGGCAGGUGGUAAAAAUGGUAGACAAGUUAUGGAACAAAUAUUCACUACUAUUCCAGAGAUUUUGUCAGAUGCAGGAAUUUUUUAUCUGGUCAUUAUUAAAGAAAAUGACCCUGAAUAUAUUCUUAGUGCUUUUCAAAAAUUAAAUAUGUCUGGUAGGAUUGUUUGUGAGCGGAAAGUAAGAGGAGAGCACUUGUAUGUUUUGCGUUUUCGUAAAAUCAAGGAAAAUGAAAUAAGUUAACGUCACUACGAAUAUAAUUUCUAUAGGACUUCUUUUAUAUAAUUGUUAUUUUUUCCAUGAUGAGUUGCAGAUAGGAUAUAUUCAAUUAUGAUCUUUUUAUCGAUAAUUAUAAUGUUAUUUAAGUCACAUGUAAACUUAUGUACCAUAAAUACAAUUAAUAAUUAAUUAAUAAGUAUAUAAUUAUAUAUAAUUCAUUUAUAAUGUUAUGUUACAUAGGAAUAAUGACACAAUUUCUUAUCUCUAUAUUCUCUUUUCACUUUUAGCACAAGAAGUAGUAAUUAUUCGUUCGUAAAAGGAAAAACUUGAAAUGAAGUACCCUUAUUUUUACAAAUAUGUAUUAUAAUUUAUUUUAACGUUCUUAAGAUCUAUAUUACUAAUAUAAUAUCGAAACAUAUAAUAAAUAUCAUAUCGUAUCGGCAUCCAGUAUUACGCAAAAUGAGCAUUAUCGUCGUCCAAAGAUCGUACGAGUAGCUUCUUAUUGUAUAUUCAUAAAUUGAUAUGUAAAAUAUGGCUGCAUCUCCCUAUUCUGCUAUCGAGCAGAACGAAUUUAUCCUGUUCAUGUAACAUUAACGCUCUGCAAUGAAUUAUAGUAUUAACACUGAUUUGAAAUUUGUUUAUAGAUAUGCAGAAGCAACAAGUUUAAUAAAACUUCGUCGUCACAAUUCA